GAGGAGGAGGUAAUCGAAACUUGACUCUGUAGCAGCACCACCCUCGGCUUCUCAAACAUCCACCCACCAGUUUCGUGUUAGACACUGAAGUGAUUGUUUCUUUUCAGAGACGUUUGGUGCAGCUCUUUGGAAUUAUUCUAGAAUUUUACAAAUUUUGAAGAUAAGUUUAGUUAAAGCUGUUUAGUUCCCAAAAGUUUAGGCAGUUCAAACUUCAUAUAUAUAUAUAUAUAUUCUGAAAGUAAAAAAUAUCGAAUUCAAAAUACGUUACAUGUAUAUUAUUACUGCAGUGUGCGAAUGAAACAGAGAAAUGUUUGUAUUUAUAAGGUGCCAGCUUUUGUGAAGAAAGUAUACGAAAGACUAGAACAGAAGAAGAUACCCACCUGGUUAUCAUCUUUUACAGAAACAGGGAUUGAGUGGUAUUUAUAAUGUUGAAGAAACUAUUAAAAUGACCAAAAGAGAUAGUAUACUUUACCUGGAGAUGGUACUAUGUUUCGUUUUCUUCACCAUCUGUUUUUUUGGAGGAGUCAAGGGAGACACUCAGGUUACCGAAAAUGAGUUUACUAACCAGAUUUUGAAAAGAAUAAACAAGUAUAUUCCUCCUCCUGGGAUGUAUAACAACACAUUUGAUGUUUCUAUCCAUCUUGGACUUCUGUUUAUAAUAGACUUGGCGGAGGACACAGGAACGCUUAGUACCGUAUGUAUACCAUCUGGUGACUGGUAUGAUGAAAGAUUACAAUGGAACAUCUGGGAUGUAAACUUUUGGCAUCUUCGCAUGCCAGAAGAGAAAUUAUGGAGGCCAAAAAUAUCCGUUUUUAAUCGGGCGAGAAUGGAGGAGUAUGGCAAGAAACCCUAUAUAAUAUCAUUCUCCGAUGGCCAUUCGUUUUAUUCACCUCUUGCUAUUUUGCACACUGUCUGUCUUCCUAACUUACGAUUCUUCCCAUUUGAUCAACAGACUUGCGAAAUUACGUUUGGAUCUUGGGAACAAGAGGGUGACGUAUUGAACAUGCAAAAUGUUUUCUGGGCAAAUAUUACAGACGAAGCUGUUUACUUGGCAAACUAUACUAAAAACCUUCGUUGGAAACUUGUAGACACGAAGACCGAAACGCGGCGCUUGGAUUACACGUUUUCAAAUUCCUACUAUCCUGUCGUCGUUUUUACUCUUGUUAUUGAACGACAAACACCAUCUUUAGCUGUUUGCAUACUAACUCCAGCAGUAUUUAGCCUGUUCCUCAGUUUGCUCACCUUUUGGAUACCUCCUACGUCAUCAGCACGAGCAGCAAUAGGAAUCACAGCUGUUGCAGCGACAAUGGGAGUUCUGACGACGUUAUCACACAUACUUCCUUCCACAGCUACAAGCCGCCCUCUACUGGUUGAUUAUGCUGCUGUUUCUCUGAUGGUUGCGAUUCUCUCUGUUAUCCACACUUUAUUGGCGUUGGCAAUUAGAAACCUCAGUGUAACGUUUCCAGUGAUUUUGGAACGUUUUGAUGAGUUACCCGGAUGGCUAGUUCGGUUCUUGUGUUUCCCAACUUACACGAGAAGCAUGAAAGUUGAAGAGUCGUUCCUAGUCAUGGAAUAUACUAGAGAUUUUGAAGAAAUUAAAGAGCAUGAUGAAAUAUCUUCCAGAGUAACAUCUACCUCCGAAGCACCAUCAUCAGACGAAUCAAAGAUGAAAUGGAAAAUGUUUUCAUCAGUUAUUGAUCGUUUAUUUUUCUGGUUUUAUGUUUUCUUGAGUGUUAUUUUUAUUAUCAUAGUAUUAACCACCGAAUGACGUUUGAAUAAAAAUCCUCGAGACCAAUCUUUAGAGAGAAAUCGGGUAUAAUACCCAAUGAUAAAUUUUCCUUUGAUCUUUAAGAAUUAUGUAACGUACAGCUACAAGUACUGUAAUUUCCACGUGUUUUUCGUGCUGGAACAUAAGAAAUACUGACUUCAUUAGAAAUAAUGAAGUUAUACAUGAAUGAAACGUCUCCUCUUUGAACUAAAUAUUCAUGUCUACAAAACCAAGAAUUUACUUGCAAAAAAAUGAUUUAUUUGAUGUUUCUCUUACUUAAAUUCUCAAAGAAAUAAAAACUAGCAUAUGAAAGAAAAUGUGUGCUAAUAUAUUAGUUAAGAGUGCAUUCUGUCUGUCUGUCUGUUAAAGUUAUAGAAAAGUUUUUGUGACCAGUAUUGAAAAUAAACUAUUAGCAUUGUA